AUGGUCGGGGUACCUGGGAAGUUCAAAGGUUGCGAGACGUGCCGGAAGCGGAGACUCAGGUGCAGCAACGAAAGGCCCUUUUGCAAGAAAUGCAUUGCCCGCGGAAGACAUUGUGAAGGCUAUGAUAGGGCCCGAGUUUUCAUCACAGGGACGCCAGAAGAACAGGGGAAAGUUCUCCAUUGUGGGAAGAGAGGGAGGCUCGAAGCUCACGGACAACUGACACCGUCGGGUAUCGCAAGUUCCGAGUCCCACCAAACUCCAUCUCCACCUAGUCAUCAGGAUGGAAAUCUUCCUUAUGGCAUACCACCAAGAACUUUGGAGUCGAUAACGAGUGUGGUUCAACUGUUGGGCCCAGCCUCCUUCAGCCAAUUUCCAAACUACCAGUUUUUCGUCAAUGCCUUUCGGCCACUGGAAGUUGGCAAUGCUAUAAUUGAGAGGCGGGAAACUUUCCUUUCGGCUCCAGAAUGGAGCUGUCUGCCUUGGACGUUCCAUGAGAAAGACUACGUUGACCGGCUCAUUGAUUUGAUGAUAUUACUCACGCCACUCCUGACGCAGAUACACAGGAUCGUGCAUCGACAGGCGACACCAAAGCGACGAACGUCCGCCGAAUCAUUGAUACGCAGUCUCUCCUCGUUAGAAGAACGUCUCGCCCAGUGGCACCAAGAGUUCAUAGAACAAGAAGGCCCACCGUCUCGAACACAUCAGCCGAUUUCUUAUUCGUUUAAAGAUAGUCGAACCGGUGUUGCAUUUCUGUAUUAUUGGUUUGCGCAACUCGCCAUCUGCCACAGGAUCGAAACCCUACGCGGGGUUAUAUCUCAGCCAUUGCCCCACGAGAACCCACCACUUGACAAGGAAACUUACACGUUUCAAAUGCAGACUGCCGGUGAGCUAGCUACAGAAAUAUGUCAUGGCCUUGGUUCGUUGUUCAACACUCUGCAACCCGAGAUUUUGAUUGCGCCUUUGGAAGCCGCGAUGCGGUGCUUUCGAUGUAUCCAAAUGACGGCUCAGCAUGUUCCGGAGGAGGUCGUGUGGCUGGAGUCGAUUCAUAAACAGCUUAUGAACACUCAAGAGACCCUUCCAUAUAUUGUGCGGAGAGAAGGAUGGGUUAAAAUUGCUUAG